CCACAGCUCAGCAUCCUUCACAGCAUCCUCCGGCCGCCAUCUCACACAGGCCCCCGGCCUAAAACAACAACAGCAACAACAUCAGCAACAUCAGCAGCAGAAAUACAAACAUAAAGAGACGAGAUUUUAGUUCAGAGAGGAAAUUCUGUCCCUAAAUCAGCCCGUGUUUCUCUCAUCACUGGCCCGGAGGUUCCUGCGACGUUCCGGAUUUUUAAAGCCUCGGGGAUUGAAGGGAAGGACGCCGGUUUAACUCUCGGUUUAGUUCAAUUUAAUCCUUCUUUGUUUCGGCUUUAUUGUCCGGUGCAGUUUUUUCCAGGAUGACCGACGCUGUCGCUGAGUGUAACAUCAAGGUCCUGUGUCGAUUCCGUCCUCUCAACCAGGCCGAGAUUCUGCGGGGAGACAAAUUUCUCCCAGUGUUCCAAGGGGACGAUACCGUCACUGUCGGGGGGAGGUCCUUUGCAUUCGAUCGGGUUUUCCCCACCAACACCACUCAGGAGCAAGUGUACAACACCUGUGCCAAGCAGAUCGUCAAGGAUGUGUUGGGUGGGUACAAUGGCACCAUCUUUGCUUAUGGGCAGACGUCCUCCGGAAAGACCCACACCAUGGAGGGUAACCUGCACGACCGUCAGCAGAUGGGAAUCAUCCCCCGCAUCGCAGAGGACAUUUUCAACCACAUUUUCUCCAUGGAUGAAAACCUGGAGUUCCACAUCAAGGUCUCCUACUUCGAGAUCUACAUGGAGAAAAUCAGGGAUCUACUGGAUGUCACCAAGACUAAUUUAUCCGUACAUGAGGAUAAGAACCGCGUUCCCUACGUGAAGGGCUGCACUGAGCGUUUCGUGUCCAGUCCGGAGGAAUGGAUGGACGUGAUCGAUGAGGGAAAGUCCAACCGUCACGUCGCCGUCACCAACAUGAAUGAGCACAGCUCUCGCAGUCACAGCAUCUUCCUGAUCAACAUCAAACAGGAGCACGUGGAGACGGAGCAGAAACUGUGUGGAAAGCUCUACCUGGUGGAUCUGGCCGGCAGUGAGAAGGUCAGCAAGACGGGCGCGGCUGGAGCCGUCCUGGACGAGGCUAAAAACAUCAACAAGUCCUUGUCCUCCCUUGGCAACGUCAUAUCCGCUCUUGCUGAGGGGACGAAGACCCACGUGCCGUACCGGGACAGCAAGAUGACCCGAAUCCUGCAGGACUCUCUGGGGGGUAACUGCAGGACCACCAUGUUCAUCUGCUGCUCUCCGUCCAGUUACAACGAGGCCGAGACCAAGUCCACGCUCAUGUUUGGACAACGCGCCAAGACGAUCAAGAACACGGCGUCCAUCAACCUGGAGCUGACGGCCGAGCAGUGGAAGAGGAAGUACGAGAAGGAGAAGGAGAAGAACAAGACCCUGAAGGACACCGUCCAGAGACUGGAGGCCGAGCUGAAGCGCUGGCGCAACGGAGAGGAAGUGCCCGAGAUGGAACAGACCUCCACCGACGUGACCAAGCUGGAGACCCACGACGAGACUCUGGACAACGAGAGGGAGACGGAGAAACAGGCCGAGAAGGAGAAGGAGAAGGAGAAGAACCUGGAGUCGUCCUCCAUCGUGGUGCGCAUCUCCGAGGAGGAGCGGCAGAAGUACGAGGAGGAGAUCAGGAAGCUGUACCGUCAGCUGGACGACAAGGACGACGAGAUUAAUCUGCAGUGUCAGCUGGUUGAGAAGCUGAAGCAGCAAAUGCUGUCGCAGGAUGAGCUGCUGGCGUCGACCCGCGGCGACAGCGACAAGGUGCAGUGCGAGCUGGGUCGCCUGCAGAUGGAGAGCGACAGCGCCAAGGCGGAGGUAAGGGAGGUGCUGCAGGCGCUGGAGGAGCUCGCCGUCAACUACGACCAGAAGAGCCAGGAGGUGGAGGAGAAGAGCCUCCACAACAAGCAGCUGGCAGAGCAGCUCGGCCAGAAGAUGGCGAGUCUGAUUGAACUGGAGGCGGAGCUGGCUCAGAUGCAGGAAGUGAGCUCACAGCAGAGGAAGCGCAUCGCGGAGGUGCUGAACGGGCUCAUGAGGGACCUGAGCGAGUUCAGCUCCAUCGUCGGCAACGGAGAACUCAAACUGCCGGUGGAGAUCAGCGGGGCGAUAGAGGAGGAGUUCACGGUGGCCCGGCUCUACAUCAGCAAAAUAAAGUCGGAGGUGAAGUCCAUGGUGAAGCGCUGCCGGCAGCUGGAGAUCAUGCAGCUGGAGUGUCACCGCAAGAUGGAGGAGACGGGCCGCGAACUCUCCUCCUGCCACCUCCUCAUCUCGCAGCAUGAGGCGAAGAUCAGGUCUCUUACGGAGUACAUGCAGAACGUGGAGCAGAAGAAGAGGCAGCUGGAGGACAGCUAUGAUGCUUUGAGCGAAGAGUUGUCACUCUUACAGAACCCAGAAAGCUCUGCAGAGCAGGACGCCGCCGAAAAGCCAAAGACGGAAGAUCUGGACGUGAAGAAGGCGGUGCAGCGAGCCUCAGGCCAUCGUGAACCUCGGCACGCUCAGCUCAGCCACCUGCGGGACGAGAUUAACGAGAAGCAGCGCCUCAUCGACGAGUUCACAGAUAAGAACCAGGCUCUGCAGCUGGAGCUGGCCCACGUGCGAUCGGACUUCAGCAACCUCAAGAUCCAGGAGGACACCAAGAGCGCUCGACUGGAGCAGCUGUCAUUUCAGCAGGAGAGGCACGAGCAGUCGAAACAAGACCUCAAGGGUCUGGAGGAGACCGUCGCCCGUGAGCUCCAGACCCUCCACAACCUGCGCAAGCUGUUCGUUCAAGACCUCACGUCGCGAGUUAAAAAAAGUUCAGAAAUUGGACCUGAUGAUAGUGGGGGGUGUAACACCCAGAAACAGAAGAUUUCCUUUCUUGAGAACAACCUGGACCAGCUUACAAAGGUUCACAAACAGCUGGUACGUGAUAAUGCAGAUCUGCGCUGUGAGCUUCCGAAGUUGGAGAAGCGUCUUCGCUCUACGGCUGAUCGCGUUCGGUCUCUUGAGACGGCACUGAAGGAUGCCAAGCAGGGCGCCAUCAACGACCGCCGCCGCUACCAGCAGGAGGUGGAGCGCAUCCGCGACGUCAUGCGCCUGCGCGGCACGCAGCGCCGCUCCAAAGCCGCUCAGAUCGCGAAGCCGGUGAGGGCGGGGCACUACGGCGGCGCCACGUCUCCCAGCGCCUCCCUGUCUCUGUCCGCCAGCGAGCCGGUAACAUCGUUCAGUAACGUUCUCUUCCAGAAGGAGGAGAAGAGCGUCCCUCAGAGGCCCAACGUAGUUGGUUACAGCACUGUGAGAUCUGUAGACGUUCUCAGCUCUUACCCUCUGGAUGUGGAGAAUGGGAACAGUACGGACAUUAACGAUAACAGAAGCGACGUUCACUGCAGCAGUAUGGUGGAUCCAUCCAGACACUACGUCAUGUGUCCAGAGACCGCCGCUAGUUAAUCUCUUUAUAUAGUACGACCCUGCAUGCCGUCAGCUCCUUUUGCUCACUCACUACCUGCGGAACGUAGAACUCCACUACCCAGACUCCCCGGCUCUAUCUAUCCUGUCUUAUACUGUAUAUUAGUCUGUGGUUCCUGACCGCGCGGCGGCCGGACGGCUUCACUCGUAGUUUCUUUCUCUUGUAUGUUUCACAGCCGGGCUGCAUGUUCCACUCACGUUUCCACGACUAGGAACUCGUACCAAUAGAUCCGCUCGGGCCCGCCAACGCCUAAAACGUUCUCCCCCAACGUCUGAACACCCCCCCCCCCACGUCUAAAUGCUCCCCCAACGUCUAAACGCUCCCCCAACGUCUAAAGCGCUCAUUUAUUCACCAGUCCAGUAGAGAAUCGAGGAAACUAAAGGACUCCUUUUAUUCUAAAGAAUUUUGCUGAUCCAUGUCCAUAAACGGCGUCUUAUUUACAGGAAACAGCAGGUGCAGUUGUGUUGGUGUGUAUAUUUGAUGCACUGACUACCUCCAGGUAUCCCGACAUCAAUAUGAAAUCACGUCUAGCUGUAGAUUCCAUCUAGUCUAGUCUAGUCGUCAUAUCACGUUUAGGGAGGAUCAUGAGGGAAAACAACAUCCUGACACAUCAUAUAUAAAUAUAUAUAAUCUAAAAUAAAUUGUAUAUUAAAUGAUAUUUAUUAGCUAGUCGUAUCUGCUAAUUUGAACAGACUGGAUGGUGAGCUGUGAUCUGUCCGUCUCUGUCUCCUCGGGAAAACCUGAUCGACCAAUCAGGAUGAGAGAAAGGCAGGAGCUUCGGCAUUUCUGUUUAGUUUGUUUAGUUUUUUCGUCACGUACGAGUGCUACGCCGCACGCUCGAUUCGGCACUUCCAGGAGAAGCGCAGGGUCGGCUAACCCCGCGUACGCCCGGGCGUGCACGUAGCGCGUCGUCCGCUGAGCCGAUGUUUUAAGGCUGCGUGAGUCUGUCGUGUCUGUCUGACUAUCACCUGCUCUCUUUUAGCAUUAGAAAUUAGCAUUUUGAAGUGUGGAUAUCUUACAGUUAGCGCUACAACCCCAAAUCAGAAAAAGUUGGGAUGGUAUUGAAAAUUGAAAUAAAACAAACAUGCAUUUAAGUUUCUUACAUUUAUUUCGACUUCAUUUCGUUUGUUAAUAAACAUCCAUUCCAAACAUAAAAAAAAAAAGUUGGGAGGGUAAAGCAUUUACCGCCUCUCUCCCGAGACGUUUCGGCACCGAGGACCCAGAGCGAUUUAGUGUUUCUGUUAUUUUGUCCCGUUCUUCCAGCAAACACAUCCUCAGGUUCAAAAUUGUCAACACGCCCUCUAAUGGGGACAGGUCAGGACUGCAGGCAGGCCGGUCCAGCACCCGUACCCUGUUCUUCCAUAGAAAUGUGCAUCAUCUUGUUGAAGAACGUGUGGACGUCCCUGGAGAGGGCGUCGUUCGUUUAGCACCCCUUUCUAGCACCUAAAUUGUCCCUGUCCCAACAUUUUUUGGAACGGAUCAAAUGCAAUCAAAUAAAAGUCAGAAUGUCAGAAUAUUUUCUGCACCGUCCCAACUUUUUCGUGUAGAUACAGAAUCCCUGCUGUAACCAAUCACAUCACCCGAACUGUUCACGUAUAACGAUGGAGCCACUGGAACUCGAGUGUGUUUGUUGUUGCUGUUGUUUGGAGUUGGAGUUUGGAAUGUUCUCCAUGUUUUCGGUUCUGUUCCAGGAGGGUGUGUUUACGUCUCUGUAGUUUGUUGCACAUACAUGUUUAUUAAAGGCUAUAAAAAUCUU